AGUUUUGACGAAUCUUAUAGGGUAGCUAGUCGGUGCGCGUCGCGCGCUCCACGACGCUUAGAGCUGGCCGCAGUCGGUGAUGACGACCGGCUUGGCCGUCGCGCCGGACCCCGAGCCGACGGCCUCGAUCUUCUUGACGACGUCCAUGCCCUUGGUCACGGAGCCGAAGACGACGUGCUUGCCGUCGAGCCAGUCGGUCUUGACCGUGCAGAGGAAGAACCUGCGUGUGAUUGUACCGUCGACAUUGCCCUUGUAUGCUCUCUCGGAGGACUGGAAUCUGACAUCGGACUGGAGUCUGACGCGCCACCGUGGCGCCCAUCGGUCAAAUGUAUCAAAUGCAUCCGGUGGGGUUCGAACCCACGCCUCCGGAGAGAUUGGGGCUUAAAUCCAACGCCUUCGUGGCUCGUCAUAGACGAAAGACCAACUCGGCCACGGAUACAAAUGUGCAGAAAGGACUUUGUGCGCGAUAGUGACAGGGUUCGAACGCGCAUCGAUUUUGUGAGAAUCGAUCCUGCGACCCUUGCGGGAGUAGAUUUCAAGUCUACCGCCUUAACCACUCGGCCACACUAUCGUAGUCCAAUCCGCAAGCAAGACCGAUGCGGGAGUCGAACCCGCGACCUUCAGAUUUCCAGUCCGUCCAGAUCGUGGUGCGUCGAGACGCACCACGCUAUCGAGCAACAACUCCGACGGGACUCGAACCCGCAACCCCCAGAUUCGAAGUCUGAUACGCUAUCCAUUGCGCCACGGAGUUGAAUGAAAGGACGCGGCCGCGGUACUGGGAGCCGUUCGUGCCCGGGCCGGCGUUGGCCAUCGAGAGCACGCCGGGGCCCGUGUGGCGGAGCUGGAAGUUCUCGUCGGCGAACUUCUCGCCGUAGAUGGACUCGCCGCCCGUGCCUGCGCGUGCGCGCGUGACCGGCCCGGUCUCGGCGUGCGAGGCUCCACCUCCGCGCCGUCGAGCAGCAACAACUCCGACGGGACUCGAACCCGCAACCCCCAGAUUCGAAGUCUGAUACGCUAUCCAUUGCGCCACGGAGUUGUGUGUGUGUGGAGGAGCAGGGGUUUGAACCCUGGGCUUUCCGCAUGCAAAGCGGACGCUCUGCCACUGAGCUACACCCCCAAAUAUGCAUAGGACGCGGCCGCGGCACCGUUGCCGCGCGUGAAGUCGCCGCCCUGGCACAUGAAGUCCGUGAUGACGCGGUGGAAGGUGGAGCCCUUGAAGUAGAGCGGCUUGCCCGAGCGGCCCGUGCCUGCGUAGGAACGUACCGUCGACACGCGCUCUAUGACCGAUACGCGAUUCGAACGCGUAACCUUCAGGACUGGAAUCUGACGCGCUACCGUUGCGCCAAUCGGUCCAAAUGCAUCCGGUGGGGUUCGAACCCACGCCUCCGAAGAGAUUGGGGCUUAAAUCCAACGCCUUAGACCAACUCGGCCACGGAUACAAAUGUGCGGAAAGGACUUGUCGUGAUGAUGGUGGGGUUCGAACCCACGCCCGAAGACUGGUGCCUAAAACCAGCGCCUCUGGUCGCUCACAGGAGCUUAGACCACUCGGCCACAUCAUCAACGUGCGCGAUAGUGACAGGGUUCGAACGCGCAUCGAUUUUGUGAGAAUCGAUCCUGCGACCCUUACGGGAGUAGAUUUCAAGUCUACCGCCUUAACCACUCGGCCACACUAUCUUGCACAAAGUCCAAUCCGCGGAGAGACCGAUGCGGGAGUCGAACCCGCGACCUUCAGAUUUUCCAGUCCGUCCGGUGUCGCGUCGACGGCGUUCAUGUGUGCAUCCGGUGGGGUUCGAACCCACGCCUCCGAAGAGAUUGGGGCUUAAAUCCAACGCCUUCAUGGUUCAUCAUAGAUGAAAGACCAACUCGGCCACGGAUACUGAACGGCCGCCGCGCGAUCGGCGAAACAACUCCGACGGGACUCGAACCCGCAACCCCCAGAUUCGAAGUCUGAUACGCUAUCCAUUGCGCCACGGAGUUGUUUGAGAAAAGAGGGACGCGGCCGCGGCACCCUUCUCGCCCGUGCAGAGGCAGCGGAAGUUCUCGGCCGUCUUCGGGACGACGUCCGCGCGGAGCGUCAUCUCGAUGCGCCCCGCCGGCUGGCCGCCGAUGGACAUGUCGAAGAAGACCUGCGCGCGUUUUGGCGGUCGGCGGUCGCGGCGGAUUUUUUGCAUGUUUUAUGUGGAUGCGUGCAGGGCUGCGGCGGCGACGGGCGUGCUCCACUCGUGGCUGCUCGCUUGCUGCAGGGCGCCGCCGCGCGUCACGCGCGCAGAGCAUCAGCGAGGCAGGCCUCCUGGCCUUUCCUCGGUCGCUGAUUGCCGCGGUUGCACGAAAAUCGCAGAGCGCUGUCACUUUGACGUACUAAGACGCUGAUGCAAACAAUAGGGUUCGCCAUGACUGAUGGGUGAUUUUCUCGGGUGUGGCGCGAGUCUAUGGAGCUCGGCACGGCGCCGGUUAGCUCCUCCUGGGAACGGAUCAAAGGUCCAGACGAGCACUGCUGCGAGACGCCUCUGGACCGCUCUGUUGACGGAAGUUCGCCGGUUGGCGGGCCUCGUUGGCAAGAGGUACUAUACUUAUAGGGUAAGGUACCUUGUCG